AUGCUACAACUGCAGCACCAUGCCUGCUGUAUUCACAUUGCAAUUAGUCCAGCAAUCAAGAGAAGCAAUCUGGAACAUGACUGCACCCACCUACAAUUGUGUCAUGGACUCAGAUUUUGUCUUUGGACUGAAUCCCUAACCACGGAUGUGAGAACUACUGAAUCAAAGAAAAGCUCUAAACUCACUACAAGCCCUUUUUUGCACUGGAGCUCCGUUUACUAACCCUUCCGGCAGCAAUCACAAAGACACAUCGCAGAACUUUGAGGAAUUGUACCGUCAACCAAACUCGAACUCCAUUUUAUUAGUCUGAAACUGUACAGUGAGCACAACAACAAAGAGCCUACAUACAAAACGGUGUCGCUGAAAGUCACCCAUCCGACUUCGGCGGCUUCAUUCCAAAUUCUGACACCAUUCGUCCAUGAACUUUUCAGAGUUCAUGCAAAAUAUUUAGAUGAGUGCAUACUGAGCUCGGAGUACACAGCGGAUUUUUCAGAACAUAUACAAAGCAGCAUGCAUUCUUAACGGAUUUUUAAUGUGGCGCAUGACCAUUUUUAAGGCAUUAAUUACACUCAUCACAUUAUUACGCAGCUCUCACUGUGUUGCUGCACGCGUCAUGUGGUCGUGACAUAAUGGGUCGAUGGACCGCGCCAUCUUUCACACUGUGUAUUGUCAAGGCUGACUACUCGUCCCCCUCCACCUGCGGUGAAAUCUAAACCAAAAGCCUGACAAACUGCAAAGAAACUCAUUUCGGCAUCAUCGUGGUACGGGCGCAGAUGGUGCCAUGCUGCACAAAAUGACACCGGCUCCUCUGACACAAAACUGCUCCAACUGCAGCUAUGUGUUGACUCCAGAGUUCAGUGUGGUCAAGGCUGUUGUUCUGGGCUUGGUGCUGGGCGUCUUCAUCGUCUUUGGAGUCGUUGGGAACAUCCUAGUUAUUCUCUCAGUGGUUUGCCACCGACAUCUGCGUACAGUGACUCAUUAUUUCAUCGUUAAUCUGGCCGUGGCGGACCUGCUGCUGAGUUCUACCGUCCUACCCUUCUCUGCCAUAUUUGAAAUCCUGGGCCGCUGGGUGUUUGGACGGGUCUUUUGUAAUGUUUGGGCAGCUGUUGAUGUACUCUGCUGCACAGCCUCAAUCAUGAGCCUGUGCGUGAUAUCCGUGGAUCGCUACAUUGGGGUCAGUUACCCGCUGCGUCAUCCAGCCAUCAUGACAAAGCGCAGGGCCCUGCUGGCCCUCAUGCUGCUGUGGGUGCUGUCAGUCGUCAUAUCCAUCGGCCCGCUGUUUGGCUGGAAAGAGCCGGCGCCGGAUGACGAAUCCAUCUGCAAGAUCACAGAGGAGCCGGCCUACGCUCUCUUCUCCGCUGUGGGCUCCUUCUACCUCCCCUUGAUCAUCAUCCUAGCCAUGUACUGCAGGGUGUACGUGGUGGCUCACAGAGAGAGCCAGGGCCUGAAGGAGGGUCACAAGACCCAGAAGUCGGAUUCGGAGUUUGUCAUACUCAGGAUUCAUCGAGGCAACACAACUGUAAGUGACGACGAGUCCCUUCGCAGCCGCACACAUUUUGCCCUGCGGUUGCUAAAGUUCUCUCGAGAGAAGAAGGCGGCCAAGACCCUGGGAAUCGUCGUGGGCUGCUUUGUCCUGUGCUGGCUGCCUUUCUUCCUCGUCCUCCCCAUCAGUUCCAUAUUCCCUGCUUACAGACCACCAGACACAGUCUUCAAGAUCACCUUCUGGUUGGGCUACUUCAACAGCUGCAUCAACCCCAUCAUCUACCCAUGCUCCAACCAGGAGUUUAAAAAGGCCUUCCAGAGUUUAAUGGGAGGUCACUGUCUGAGAGCCAGUCCGAGACAGCAUCAUCGUCAACAUCAUCAUCAUCAUCUGGCUGUGGGCCAGAGUCAAAUGCACGUCCACAACCAACCCCUGACUUUGAAUCUUGCUGACAGAGGGGCAUCCGGUCACCUCAGCCCCUCCUCUCCCGCUGAUCUGUCCAGGACCCCGUCCUCUCGGGACAGCCGGGAGUGGAGCGUUUUUUCCGACGGUCCCACCGGAGGAACCGGAGCAGCAGACAAAAGCAGAAAAGUGGCUAAACUCUGCAGUAGAAGCUUCCAGCGGACCUGCUGCUGCGUCUCCAGUGGUGAGAGACCCCCGCAAGAGGAAAUGUGCACCCACCCGCCUCCAGUCGGAAAACUUCCCACCAUUAAAAUCCAUCAGUUAUCCUUGUCGGAUAAAGGGGAGCCAGUAUAACCACCGUUUUCUCAAAUGAGAGCAUGUUUAUCGAGUUGAGCCAGCGUUGUAGCCUUUUUAAGCUUCCACAAUAUGGGAUGAACUCUAGAUCAAUAAAACCUCACACUUGGGGGAAGAUGGUCUUGCACGAGGAGGCAAUGAUGUUCACCAAAUAAAUCUUUGUUUUGUGUCAAGUAUCUUGUUUACCUAUCAUAAAGUAAAUUACUGAAGAAUAGCAAAAUGUAUUUUUUGUUGCAUGAUAAAUGCUGGUGAGUGGUGCUACAGUUAUCUCAAACGUUUUCCAAAAGAAACCUUGUAUAUUUUCAGGUCACAUGACAAUAAAUUUGUAUUUGCCCACAAGGUUUUUCAUGGUGAUAUUGGUGGACUUUGGUUUAUGAACCUAUCCAAAGUUGAGGUCCAUUCAUCCCUCCGCAUUCCCACAAAUUGAUGGCACCUCCUUGGGUGCAUUUGCCAGAUGGAAGUCUUAAUAUACUCGUGGAAUUUUACUGACCUUGUGGUUGCUGACCUCAAUCCUGACCAGCCCCCAAGCCUCUUAAAAAACCC